GUUUUUUAAUGCAGCUGGUAGUGUUGUAGAGAUGACGGCAAUGAAAAGUGCACUGAUCGUCAUACUGUAGGUUGAUUUGUGAGUUUCGAUUGAUUGAACACGGACUCAUCCCUGCCUUCUCUUCACAUUUCCUUCAUCGUAUUUUUCAUUAACUGACAUUCUGCUGUUGAAGAUCUAAGAGGAAUUUAACUCUGUGAAAGCAUUGUUUCAUUCAGCUACAAGCAGGGGUCUAGCAAGUAUAUAAUUGAGGCUGGGCUGUGCAAAAUACAGCGCUGCCUUGCCUUACAAGCAUAGCCUCCUCAGUUGCCUUGACAAUUGCCUAGGUGAACAGAAAAUGUCUGUUACACGUAAAGAAUUUGAUGUGAAACAGAUUUUACGCAUCCGAUGCCGGUUUUUUGGUCACUCUGCAUCUCCUCCUACAUCCAAUGACAAUCGACGCGGAGAAUUUUGGAACAAAGAUCAAGGUGCAUCCAAUAAUGGGAGAAAAUUUCUAGACUCUGGACACCUGCAACAACCAUUGGCAUCUAUCAACUAUCAGAGAUCGAGCCAGCAGAACAUUCAAAAUUCACCAUCUUGGCAUGUCCCCCCUGCCCCAGAUCUCCCCUCAUUUGAGUUUACCACUGACGACCAUGAAUCAAUAGAGUGGCAUGGCAAGCAUGAAGCUAAGGAUGAAGAGAGUGAAGAAGACAAUGAAACAGACAGCAGUUCCUGCAGAACUUCAAGCAGCAGUCAGACUCUGUCCCCGUGCCAGACAAUGGAUUCUUCUGCCCCUGAAGAGUGUUUUCAGGCAUUAAACCAUGCAGAACAGACCUUCAAAAGGAUGGAGAACUACCUUCGACAUAAACAGCUGUGCGAUGUAGUGCUUCUAGCUGAUGACCGAAGGAUUCCUGCUCACAGGUUGGUUCUGUCUUCAGUUUCGGACUACUUUGCGGCAAUGUUCACAAAUGAUGUAAGAGAAGCUAAACAAGAAGAAAUAAAGAUUGAAGGUGUUGACUCAAAUGCAUUAUGGGCAUUAGUUCAAUAUGCCUAUACAGGGCGUUUGGAGUUAAAAGAAGAUAAUAUUGAGUGCCUGUUGUCUACAGCCUGCCUGUUACAACUGUCUCAGGUUGUUGAGGCAUGCUGUGGGUUCUUGAUGAAACAGCUUCACCCUUCCAACUGCCUUGGAAUUCGUUCAUUUGCAGAUGCACAAGGCUGCACUGACCUGCAUAAAGUGGCUCACAAUUACACCAUGGAACAUUUCAUGGACGUGAUAAGGAAUCAAGAGUUUCUACUGCUGCCAGCAAAUGAGAUUGUUAAACUGCUGGCAAGUGAUGAUAUGAAUAUACCAGAUGAAGAAACUAUAUUAAAUGCAUUGCUCAGCUGGGUGCGGCAUGAUGCAGAUACCAGGCAAAAAGAACUCAGCAAACUGCUGGCAUACAUCAGACUUCCUCUCCUCUGUCCUCAGUUUCUUGCAGACAUGGAGAACAAUCUGCUGCUUAGGGAUGAUAUUGAAUGCCAAAAACUCAUCAUGGAAGCAAUGAAAUAUCAUCUAUUACCCGAGCGACGUAACAUGAUGCAGAGUCCUCGCACUAAGCCUAGAAAGUCUACUGUAGGUGUACUCUUUGCAGUUGGAGGAAUGGAUGCAACAAAAGGUGCCACAAGCAUUGAAAGAUAUGAUCUUCGCUCCAAUACUUGGACACAUGUUGCUAAUAUGAAUGGGAGACGACUGCAGUUUGGUGUGGCAGUUCUGGAUGACAAACUUUAUGUUGUGGGCGGCAGAGAUGGAUUGAAGACCUUAAAUACAGUAGAGUGCUACAAUCCAAAAACUAAGAGUUGGAAUGUAAUGCCCCCUAUGUCGACACAUAGGCAUGGCCUUGGAGUGGAAGUUCUGGAGGGACCCAUGUAUGCUGUAGGUGGACAUGAUGGUUGGAGCUAUCUGAAUACAGUUGAGCGAUGGGACCCACAAGCUCGACAGUGGAACUUUGUGGCCAGUAUGUCAGUACCACGAAGUACAGUCGGUGUGGCAGUACUUAAUGGAAAGCUGUAUGCUGUUGGAGGUCGGGAUGGAAGUUCUUGCCUUAAGUCUGUAGAAUGUUUUGACCCCCACACCAAUAAAUGGACCCCCUGUGCCCAGAUGUCUAAAAGACGAGGCGGUGUUGGAGUUGCCACCUGGAAUGGUUUUUUGUAUGCUAUUGGAGGACAUGAUGCACCAGCAUCUAACCUGACCUCAAGGUUGUCUGACUGUGUGGAAAGAUAUGAUCCAAAAACAGACACUUGGACAGCAGUGGCUCCAAUGAGCAUAAGCAGAGAUGCAGUUGGUGUUUGUUUACUCGGUGAUCGGCUCUAUGCAGUUGGAGGAUAUGAUGGACAGUCAUAUCUAAACACCGUGGAAGCUUACGAUCCUCAAACUAAUGAGUGGAUGCAGGUUGCAUCAUUGUGCCUUGGAAGAGCUGGAGCAUGCGUGGUCACUGUUAAAUUAUAAUCUUUUUUAAUGUAAAUUUUAUAUUUAACCAUUCGAUAGGUCCAUAAAAUUAAAAUUGUCAUCUCUGGAGUUUUACUUCAAGAAAAAAGAAAACUGUAAGAUCUAAGAAAUCAAAAAUUAACGUAGGGAAGAUCUGUGUCUGUUUAAAGAAUCAAGAUCUAUUAUAAUUUCAUAAUAAUUGUAGCUUUUAUUUAUCAAGUCCACCAAAUACUCAAGACAUUAUCUUCAACUGAAACUGUACAAAUUCUAGAAUUCUUUAUUUUAUUUUUCUUUAAAAAGAGUGGAUUUUAUUUCCAGUAGAUUGAAUAGGCCAUGUAAUACAACUAUGAAGAAAACAUUAAAUCUAUAAACCUAAUACAAGUUGUCUGAGUGCACACUGUAAAAGCUACUUUUCCACAUUUGUACAUCCAGGAAGCAACACACACACAGGAAAUAAAAAUUGUGAUAAUUAUACAAGACAAUGCGGCUGGCCUGCCUCAUUUUCUAUCCGUUAACUUUACUGGAUGAAAGAUGAGACAGUGACACCAGAUAGUCUAAUAAACAUGAUAGCAUUGCUAUUCAUCAUGAAUGCAAAUGUGGAAAUGAUCUUUAUUAUACUCAGUUGCACUCUUUUUUAAUGUAAUCUAUAUUUUCUUUUGUUUUUAAGCCAAACUGCCUUUGUUACAAAUGAAGUAAAAGCACAUACAUAUUUAAUAUGCAAUAUAUUGAAGACAUUGUAAAAAAAAAAUGUGUGUCGGUACAAGCAAUCAUUAUGUAACUGGUAACAUUCCAAAUUUCCUGCUCCUUCAUAGUACAGAUUGUAUUAAUUGAUACAUUUUUAUGUGCUCAUACAAGCCAUUAACUGAACAAAUACAUAUUAUAUUGAUGUAUGUUGUAAUUGUUUCAACCACCAAAAAAUAUCUGCACAGAAAUUGCCUUUUGCAACAGCCAUAGGAGACAACUCAUAUUUUAUUUAACUCAGUCUAUAAUUUUUCUUUGUUUUAAGGACUGUAAAUUUUGUUUUUGUUGGCAAAAAGAACCUAUAGCCUACAAAUUGGACCCAUUAGCACCAGUUGUACAUGUAUAAAUUGUACAUGCAAAAAGGGAACUCUAUCUGGGGUUGGUCACACUUGCGAUCACUUCUGGAUGAAAUUGUGUCCAUGAGGAAAUUGCUCCAAACAAUUCCAUGUACAAUUCACCUAUGUGGUGAAAUUAUUUUGAUGUUAAUCAUGCAUUUAAUGUUUUCAUGCUCUAUCUCUAAACAAAACGAAAAUAUAAUUGGAUUCCUCAUGAUUCUGUUAUUAAUUUGAUUUGAAUAAUCUUCCAACAAAAAAAAUCUGAAAUAGGUGGGGAAUAAACAAAAUUAAUGACAUUCCAGAUCUCUCCUUUCAGGGCACAUUUUAAUUCAAGGUUAUUUAUGAUACCCAGCAAGUGCCCUGCAAUCCAGUCUUUUUUUUUUGUUUACUCGCAUAUUGAUUUGGUUUUGCAACCAGUUUGAUUUCAAUGGUUUGGUUGUUUUAUAUUUAAAACUUAAUGUAAAUAUUUAUUACACUUAAGUUGCCUGGGUUAGGAACCUUUCUAAAGCUGUUUACUACCUGCGCCUUGAUCAGAACUGGUCUCUCUGAUCAUGAACUUUCCUUUAAAAUUAAAUUAUGCAUUAUUGGAUUAUUUGUCGUACCUAGCGCUAGUUAUCAUUUAUAUGGAGACAUGAAUUAUUUGAUAUUGAUUUAACUUUUUGAGGAAGCAUGUGUAUUUUGGUGAACACAUAUCACUUCAUAUAUAUUACACGGAUUUGUGCUUAUCAUUUGCAAUUGUGCGCGUGAGUUGGUUCACAGCUUGUUUUAUUUAAUUUCUAUGUGGAAGUCCAGUUAACUCCCAGAACUUCUUUGGGUACAAUCUUUAAGAUUAAACAUGAACAUUGCAAGCCAUUUUACACCCCACUCCCACAAAUAGCUUAUUUUUCUCCUCUGGCUUUCCGAUAAGAGAUGUGAUAUGCAUCAAAGAAGCAUCAGGAGUUGUGUAUGAUGGAUCUUGCUCAUCAAAGUCCUGCACUUUUCAAUCAUAAAUCCCAGUUACCUUCAUUUUUGUGCAACCCAGUAGCUUUUUUUAAUAUUUUAUUUCCAGUUAUUAACUUUUACUUCAGGCAGGAUUAAUUUUAAAUCACAACACAUUUCAAAAAGUAAAUAUUCGCCUUGCUUUUAAAAAGGAUGUGUAGUGAUCACAGAAUUUAGCUCAGUGAUAAAGAAGAUAAAUUUGAGCAUCGGUACUGUUUCGGAAUUUGAUGUUUAUUGAUGGCUUUUGUAUUCUUAUUGGUAGUUCUUAAAAUUACACACAACUAAAGGUUUAGGGAAACAGUAAUUCAAAAUAUGUGUAUUUAUCAUGAAGAUAAGCAGGAUAAAGAGGUAAUUGUCAGAGUAGAGCUGUAUUGGCAUGGUAAAAUAAAAUAAUAGUUACAAGUCCGUUUCAGUUUGGCUUCUGUACCUAGGGACAUAAGUGCCAUUCUUGAAAGCAUAAGUUGAAUCGCCAGUCCAGUUCACUGCUGAGAAUCAAGGUGCUAUUCUCUGGAUAAAAUGGUAAAUCAAGGCUCUGUGUGGCUGUUCUAACUCUCCGUGCUGUAUCUAUGAUACAUUUGCAAGGCAAGAGGGAGUUCUUCCAUAAUCCAGAUAAAUAACGCUGUUGAAACAAAAUCACCAAAACCUGUUCAAUGGGCAAUUCAGCUCUCCAUUUGUUGGUCCUUGAUGUAUGCAAAAUGAUAUUGUAUUGGUCACCUAUUUACAGACAUUACACUUCAGAGUAUUUCCAUGUAGCAGCAUUGACGUUCAUGAUUUAUUAGCUGCAAAAAAAAAGCACCAAAAGCAAAAGGUUGCAAAUUAAUUCCUAC